CUAUAAUCCAACGUUUUUGAAUAAAAUCAAUACAAGUAAAGAUGCACGCGUAAUUAUUCAAAAAUGUUCGGGUAGCAGUAAUUUUAAUUCUGACUAUUCCCGUCGAUUAUUAGUGAAUAAAAAUAAUUCUAGUACACUUUUUGUUGGCAAGACUUCGUAUUUAUAUAAAAAGUCAAGUACUACUGAGAAUUGUGAGCAAAAUUACAAAGUGUUUCGUAUUGUCCCACAACAGUUAAAUACUUCCAAUUUAUUUGCAAGAAACAAACACACGCCAAUAAAAAUGGAUAAUAUAAAUGUACUCACUAAGACUGGCUACAAUGUUUCAAAGAUAAGAACAGAAUGCAUUAAAUGUAAAAAAAUAGAUUCUGAUACAUCUGUAAGUUAUACUUCGGCUAUGUCUUCAUUUCUUCAACCAGAAUUGCUCUCAAGCGCAAAAAAUAUUGAAUUAUUAGCACAGGUGAAACGACAAGUAAACAAAUCAAGUGACAGUGGUAACAGCUCCGACCAUGACAAUUCUGAUUAUUUGAUUCAAUUCCCAAAGUGCGUCGUCGAAACUUGUAUUAAAGACGUUUUAAAUUUGGGUACAAAAAUCAAUGUGCCUAAAAGAAGUUCAUCUGUAGAAAAAUAUUCUACCCCAAAGAUGAAAUUAAAAAUACAGAAUGAAGAGUCAAGUCGAAAGGGUAUUCAACCAGGCCAGAUUUAUAAAUGUUUUAAUUGUGAAAAAUGUUCAUCUAAAUCUAAUUUAAAGUCAGAGAGAUACACAUGUAACUGUGCCGCUUGUUUGUCCUGUGAACUAUGUAUAAAUAAAGAUUCAUAUCUUAAGAAAACUGAAGAAACACAAACACUUGCAAAGGCUAUAGAUAAGGACAUAAGCACUGUUCACUGUGCCAAUCAUAUUGCUUGCUUAGAUAUUUCAACGGAGGACAUUAGUAGUAGACCUUUUAAACUUUCUUUAGUGGACGUACAAAACCAAAACAGUAUAUUUUCCACAAAUAAUUGUAACUUUCCCGUUACUACUGCAGAUAAAACAAAAAACGUGCUCUUCAAUCAACUAUACGACAAUAAUAAUGUUCUAUUUACGCCUGUUAUUGACCAUUCUAUAGAAAAUACCAUACAAGGAGCGAGGCAAUUUUCUAUGAAACUUUUAGAAUUGUUGCACAAAUACCAAAAGGCUAACAGAGAAUUCGAAAGUAUAACUGAAAAAUUAAAGAUGGCGCAAGACGCAACUAUAAGCGGAAAUAAUUAUUUCAAUUUAGAUUCAUACACGCAACGGUUUGAAGAGCCAGAAAAAGAUGAAGUGCUAUUUAAUGAAAACGAACAUUCAAACGCGUCCUUUAUUGAUAAUAGAGACACACCGAUCAAAGUUUACCCAACUUGUUACGCUGCUAAUAUCCAAAAAUAUAAGCGAUCAAGUAAAUUGUUUGAUAACAAUGAGGAAUUAUUAAUACCCCAUGAUAAUAAAGGGAAUUGCCCUAUGAGCACUAAAGAAUUUUUACUUAAUGAUUACUUUCGUGCAAACACACCAAAUUUAGACAUCAUCUCAAAAGUGAAAUUGACGAAUACAUUCAGUACUUAUAGGGCAUAUAGAAAACUUAUUAAAAAAGCUUUUCGCACAACAAGACGCUCCAAUAUAAGAAAGAAAGUGCCCCGCAGUUCAGCUUAUAAGAUAAAUAAUGCAUUCGAAUCUAAAAUGAUCAGCACUAAGUCACAAACAGAAGCAUUUAGUGGGUUAAAAUGUGGGGUUGAUAUUGAAUAUAGGUCGUUUAGAAAUAUUGAGGUUCAGUUUGAUGAAAUGUCAAAGGAAGAAAAUGUUACGUGCAAGAAAGGAAAUAUGGAUUUUAAAGAAGAUUUCGAAUCCCAGUAUAUUCAAGAAAAAGUAUCCAGUAUUAAUUUCAUACGAUCACCCUAUGAAACCAAGAGUAAUUCGACAUCAACAAACCUACGCGAAACAUCUACUGGAAUCCAGGUUUCAGAACCAAUCGUGGUGGAGGAAUGGAACAGUUGUGGUCAUGAAGCUUUGCUGAAGCUUCAAAAGGAAGUGGACGAUUUGCUGCAAAUGUCGCUGCUUAGUUCCCAUUCUUUGGAUUUAUCACUUAAAGAGCAGAAAGAUUCAGUUCAUUCGGAGACACAUCUUAACAUGAAUGUCGAAGGUCACAUCGACUGUGCAUCAGUAGUGGAAGAAAAUAAUCUCCGAGUCCCAGCUGUGAUAAACUAUGAACAACAUGCACCAGUAUUAAAAUCAAUACCGGUAGUGGAAGAAAAAGAUACCCGAACGUCACUCAUGAACGGAAAAUACCGGAGUACGCCAGACGUGGACGUAAACAAUGUACAAGUCGUGCAACACGCAGCCAGCGGAAUGCCAGCGUAUAUCGAGUGUAUGCAAAACGUGAAUAAACGUGCCCGCAGUACGCCAGUGGUGCAAGAAACAAAACAAUAUGUACCAGUCCCAGGAGAAAGCCAACGAUUUGUAAAAUUUUUAGAAGACGAAGAUCACCAAAAACCACUUGUGAACAACGAAGACCACCAAAAACAAUUGAAGCAAAAAGAGCAGUCUUCUAUCGUGCUUUCAUCUGCAAAGGACUGGAAGUUGGUGUAUGAUUCGAAGAAGGUGACUUUUCCGAGAAUAUCCAAAUUUUCCGACCAUACCAUUAUGGUGAAGUGGCGCAUACCGGAAUGUAUAGAUGGAGUCAAGGGCUAUGAGCUACUAGCGGAUGGCAGAGCAAUUGAAAAGAUCUUUAACCCGACUCGCAACAUGGCGGUGGUGACGUGCAUGCCCCACACCCAUUCUGACAAAAUACAAGUGACGAUCAAAACGCUGCUUUCAAAGCUGCACCCAGGCGCACAGCUUCCUUCAGUUACAACUGUAUAUUAUCCCCGUACUAAAUAGUUCUUACACGGGAAACAUUGGUGAGGUUGUUAUGAAAUUAAAUCAUAGAUUUUACACCUGUCCUUAAUUGUUUUAUUACAAUACUAUGACUACAUAGAUCGCAGGGGAAUCCCUUGUGUCUGU